AUAGAAAAAAGCAGUUGAGAAAGGGUUUUAAUGCAUCUCCAACUAACUGCUGCCAUGGGCAUUAAAAAGACAGGCAGGCAGCUAGCGGGUAGUCCCAAUAUAUUCGUGAUGGCUAACGACGCUGUUUUCCGGUCCUCACUGAUAUGUUUGGCAGUGGUGAUAUUAGGAGUUGGAUUAUACACACAGUCGGCGAAGAAAAUGAUGGGAACCUAUGUGUUGGGUAUGCUUGGUGUGUGUGGAAUUCUGUUACCGGAUUGGGAUUACUUUGAUCGUCCUAUAUCUCACUGGUGUUCUCCUAUUACGCUUAAAAAAACCACUCAUGAUUCAGCUGCCGCACCCUCACCCUCCUCCUCCUCCUCCUCUACUACAAGGUUUAAGGUGUAUCCUAUCAGACUCAUGAUUUACGCAUUAAUAUACACUUAUGCUUUUUACAAGUGGUGGAUGUGGAUCUUUAUAUCAAACUAGUGCUGCCUUGUCAUCAAUAUUGUGUUGUUGUAGCAAUUCAGCAUCUCCUUUUCUUUCAGCUCCUCCUCAGCUUGUUGUAAUUUGUAAACAUAUACUGUAACCAAGUCACAGUAUACACAAAGUUUCCGUUGAUUUAUCCACCAUAACAUAGACGACACGGUUUUUGUUGUUCCCUCUGGAAUUGUAAUAUACAGCGCUCCCUCUGUUUUUUUUCA